AUGGUCGUCAACGACACCUCAAACACCACCCACCGAUGGGUAAUGUGUGUGGGAAUGGAGAGUGAACGUUCAUAUGCAAACCUUACCCCCAAUAUCUCUCUCCCCAACUCCCUGCAAGAAUUUUCUUUCUUUUUUUUUUCUUUUCUCUCUCUUUAUUUUGUUCUUUUUCUCUUUCACUCUGUUUUGUCUUUUCCUCUUCUAUCCCUUUCCUCUGUUCCUUUUCGCUGUCUUUUAUGUGUUUCUUUCCUUCUUAUUCUUCUCUUUCCACUCGACUUUUUUUUAUAUUUAUUUAAUCUCUCUCACUUUCUUCUUUUUCUUCUUCAUUCUCUUUUUCCCCCUUUUUUUUUCUUUUAUUAUCAACCCUCUUUCAUUUGUCUCUUUGCUAUCAUUCUCUCUCUCUCUCUCUCUCUCUCUCUCUCUCUCUCUCUCUCUCUCUCUCUAUCUUCACUAGUCUCUUUCCCUCACUUCGUUUUAUUUCCUUUCUUUAUUCACUUUCUCUUUUAUUCUCUCUCACUCUUUGUUGGUCUUUCUUUCUUUUCUAAUACACUCUCUCUCUCAUCUAUCUAUCUAUCUAUCUAUCUAUCUAUCUAUCUAUCUAUCUAUCUAUCUCAAUCUGUUCAUCUAUCUAUCUAUCUAUCUAUCUAUCUCAAUCUGUUUAUCUAUCUAUCUAUCUAUCUAUCUAUCUAUCUAUCUAUCUAUCUAUCUAUCUAUCUCAAUCUGUUCAUCUAUCUAUCUAUCUAUCUCAAUCUGUUCAUCUAUCUAUCUAUCUAUCUAUCUAUCUAUCUCAUUUUUACUCACUUCCGCGUUUUUUUUUUCUUUUAUUCUCCUCCAUAUUUUAUCGAUAUUCAAUUUUUAAAAUCUUUCUUCAUUUUUCCUCGCUUUCUUUCUUUCUUCCUUACUUUCUUUCUUUCUUCCUUUUUUUUCUUCUUUUUCAUUUUCAAUAGCACCUCCCCGUUGUCUAUAUUUUCAUUACGUUUUUUUUCUCCCUUUUCAUCUUUUCAACUUUAUAUUUUAAGACCAUCGCUUUCUAAACCUUGCAUUUCGUUUUUUUUUUCUGCUAUUCUACACUUUCUUUUUUUUCUUCAUUUCUUACCUUCUUUCUUUCUUUCACCCUUUCUUCCAUUCUUUCUUUCUUUUUCUUUCCUUACUUUCUUUUGUCUUUUUUCCUAUCUUACCUUCUUACUUUCUUCCUUUUUCCUUUCUUUAUUAAUUUCUUUUUCCUUCCUUUCUUUAUUAAUUUCUUUUUCCUUCCUUUUUUUAUUUCUCUUUCCUUCCGUUCUACCUUACUUUCCUUUUUCUUUCUUUCUUUCUUUCCUUCAUUCCUUCAUUCAUUUUUCUUGUCUUUCUUUUUCUUUUCUUUCUUUACCCUUCCUUCCUUUCUUGCUUAAUUUUUCCUUCCUUUCUUCUUUCCACCCUUUUUCUUUUCUUCAUUUCUUUCUUUCUCUUUACAUAUCUAUUUAUCUAUAUAUAUAUUUCUUUUCUUUUUAUUAUUUUUUUUUCAUUUGUUAUCCGUUCUUUAAUUUAUCUCAUUAUCCAUCUAUCUAUCUAUCUAUCUAUCUAUCUAUCUAUCUAUCUAUCUAUCUCCAUCCAUUCCUAUCUUUCUAUAUUUUCAUUCUCUUCACAUAUAAUAGCUAUCUAUUUCAGUCGGUCUGUCUGCCUGUCUGUCUGUCUAUCUAUCUAUCUAUCUCAAUCUAUGUAUCUAUCUAUUUCAGUCUAAUCUUAGCUAUCUAUCUAUUUCAGUCUAUUCUUAGCUAUCUAUCUAUCUAUCUAUCUAUCUAUCUAUCUAUCUAUCUAUCUCACUCGGUUCUUAUCUAUCUAUCUAUCUAUCUAUCUAUCAAUUCAUAUUUUUCAUUCUGUUCACAUAUAAUAUCUAACUAUUUCAGUCUGGACAUAUCUAUCUAUCUAUCUAUCUAUCUAUAUAAAUCUAUUCUUAUCUCUCUAUCUAUCUAUUUUUUUAUUUUUUUUAUUUCAGCCGUCUUUUACAUUCUGCCCACUCCUCCUUCUUCAAUCAGCUUUUCUUUCCUCUUCUCCCUGCCAUUACAGCACAUAAUUCAUAAUGACCUCCUCGGCACACACAGCAAUCAAGCCAGCGGUUGUCUCAUUGGCGAGGUCAACCUCUUCCUGCAGCGACUUAUUAGUAAGUUGAAGGAGGAAGGGAUGAUGAAAUCACUCAUCGUUCUAUCUAAAGGCACUCUUCAAAGCCCGCUACCGAAAUACUACCGGAAGGUCACCUCGAUCUAUUAUGAGCAUCUCAAAGCCGUGGUUAAACGCAAUCGAGUCAAUUUGCCUACGCACGCCAAGAACAUAAACGGGAAAAAAUAA